GAUGUGUGAAGCUGUCAGCGGAGCAGCCCAGUGUCAGCGACAGGCGGGGAAACCCUCACACACACUAAAGUCCACAGCGUGUGUUUCAGCUGGCUUCUUCCUGAAGUCCACACACGAAAAAAAAGACACUCUUGGACAGCGACGCCGAGCUUGCAGCGCUCAACAAUGGCCGAUACAACAAGUUUGAACGAGUCGUCCACCGUGGACGUGGCUAAUCGGUUUGCUCGCAAAGGAGCUCUGAGGCAGAAAAACGUCCACGAAGUGAAGAACCACAAGUUCACAGCCCGGUUCUUCAAGCAGCCGACUUUCUGCAGCCACUGCACGGACUUCAUCUGGGGCUUUGGAAAACAAGGGUUCCAGUGCCAAGUUUGCUGUUUUGUGGUCCACAAGAGGUGCCAUGAAUUUGUCACAUUCUCCUGUCCAGGAGCUGAUAAGGGGCCAGACACGGAUGAUCCGAGAACUAAGCAUAAAUUUAAGAUCCACACCUAUGGGAGCCCCACCUUCUGUGACCACUGUGGGUCUCUGCUGUACGGCCUCAUGCACCAGGGCAUGAAAUGUGACUCUUGCGAUAUGAACGUCCACAACCAGUGUGUCAUGAACGUGCCCAGCCUAUGUGGGACCGAUCACACCGAAAGGAGGGGUCGCUUGUACCUCAAGUGUGAGGUCAGUGGGGAGAAGAUGCAGGUCACAGUUGGUGAAGGCAGGAAUCUGAUACCCAUGGACCCCAAUGGCCUGUCUGAUCCAUAUGUCAAACUCAAGAUCAUACCUGACCCCAAAAAUGAGACCAAGCAGAAGACCAAAACCAUCCGCUCCAACCUGAACCCCAAAUGGAACGAGACCUUUACCUUCAAACUGAAGCCUACAGAUAAGGACCGCAGGUUGUCCGUGGAGGUGUGGGACUGGGACCGAACAACCAGGAAUGACUUCAUGGGUGCGCUUUCAUUUGGCGUCUCGGAGCUCAUCAAGUCUCCAGUGUGCGGCUGGUACAAGUUGCUGUGCCAGGAGGAGGGAGAGUAUUACAAUGUUCCCAUCUCAGAGGAGGAUGACGGGAAUGAAGAACUGAGAAUUAAAUUUGAGAAAGCCAAGCUAGGCCCAGCGAAAAAGGCAAUCACAGAGACAGAUGGCAGCCCAUCCAGCCAGCUGCCAUUCAACAGCUUGGAUCAGGUCAAACUCAGUGACUUCACCUUCUUGGCUGUUCUUGGGAAAGGCAGCUUUGGCAAGGUCAUGCUGGCUGAGAUGAAGGCCAGUGAAGAGUUGUAUGCAAUAAAGAUCCUAAAAAAGGAUGUGGUGAUCCAGGACGAUGACGUGGAAUGUACCAUGGUGGAGAAGAGAGUCCUGGCCCAGCAGGAAAAACCUCCCUUUCUCACCCAGCUACACUCGUGCUUCCAGACAGUGGAUCGUCUGUACUUUGUCAUGGAAUAUGUGAACGGGGGAGACCUCAUGUACCACAUCCAACAAGUGGGCAAGUUCAAGGAACCACAAGCAGUGUUCUAUGCAGCAGAGAUCGCUGUUGGUCUCUUCUUCCUGCAUCUUAAAGGAGUCAUCUAUAGAGAUCUAAAGUUGGACAAUGUAAUGCUCGACAGUGAGGGCCACAUUAAGAUUGCCGACUUUGGCAUGUGUAAAGAGAACAUGUUAGAUGGAGUGACCACACGCACCUUCUGCGGUACUCCGGACUACAUCGCACCUGAGAUUAUUGCUUACCAGCCAUAUGGGCGUUCUGUAGACUGGUGGGCAUAUGGAGUGCUGCUUUAUGAAAUGUUAGCUGGACAGCCUCCCUUUGAUGGAGAGGAUGAAGACGAGCUGUUCCAGUCCAUUAUGGAGCACAACGUGUCCUACCCAAAGUCCCUGUCCAAAGAGGCUGUUUCCAUUUGCAAAGGACUGAUGACCAAGCAUCCGUCCAAGCGUCUGGGCUGCGGCCCUGAAGGUGAGCGGGAUGUCAGAGAACAUGCCUUCUUCAGACGUAUUGAUUGGGAACGCCUUCAGAACAAAGAGAUACAGCCACCCUUCAAGCCUAAACUGUGUGGCAAAGGAGCAGAGAACUUUGACAAGUUCUUCACACGCACACAGCCUCAGCUCACACCUCCUGACGAGCUGGUGAUCGCCAACAUCGACCAGGCGGAGUUUGCAGGCUUCUCCUUUAUCAACCCCCAGUUUGUACACCCGUCGCUCAACAACAACGCAUGAGAAGGAUGGCCAAGGUUCUUCCUUUUCCCUCCCCUUGUCAAGGAUAUCCUCUACUCACUGCCACCUAUUAAAACUAAGCAACAAUCUAACAUCUGACCACCACUUAACAUGACCGAAACGUGAUGUUUUUAUUCAUAAACAGGAUUCUAGGGCAUGCUUAUUUGUUCUCUAUGCUAUAUUUUGCAAUCGGUUUGAUUAAUUCUUGGCCACUACAAGAAGGCUUUAGUUUAUUCAUAAGCAUGUACUGUGUACAAUGAUGUCCUUUUUAAUGAAAGUUUACCAAAACUGGACGCACUGAGUCAGAAUAGUGUUUAUCUAUGCCAGUAUAUGAUAGGAAAGGAGUGUAUCAGGCUGUAUGUUAUACAAACAAAGACACACAUUUGUUAAAAGGCAUGGAUUCAUUUUUGGAGAAGAUGCAUGAACUUUGGUUUUCAAGAAGAAUUUCAAUAUACUGUAUAAGGUGCAGUACACGCCUGAGGUAGUGAAGAUAUCAUAGCCAAAUAUGAAGUGAGGCGGUGCAAUGUUCCUCGUGUCAUGUUUACUUCCUUUAAUGUAUUUCUGUCAAUAAUAUUUAGUAUGAGACACCCUCAACUCCCAUUAGUUAUCAAUUCAAAUGAAGUUGCAAUGGAGCCUGUAAAGUUAGAAGUUAGUUAUUCAAGUUUAUUAAUAAUAAAUUCCAAGCUACGAUACUUAACAGAGUGACAGUUGUGUAUAGAAUUUUAAAAGAUAAUACUUAAAGUUUACAACUUGUGUCUCAGUACCCUCCUUACAGUGUACAUAGAAUACAUGUGCUGAUUAGUCAUCAAAAUAUCUUUUUCAUAAGAUUUUCUGGAUACAGUUGUUAAAAUUAGGAUGCAGUUUUGCUUAAUUAUCAAAAAAAUGUCAACAUACAGUAAUUAAUACCAGUCGAUGACUUAGUUUGUUUCUAAAAUGCUUGGAGCUAUAAGUGUUUUCAUCUCCAUCCAUAUUACAAUAUGUCGAAAUGUAGUGUAUAACUCCUUUGUAAAUAAUAAUAAUAAUAAUCAUGGGUUAUUUUCAAAGAGUAUAGCAAGUUUUUAUACCAACACCUGAAUGUGCUUUUCUUACACUGAUGCAAGAGUGGGUUGUUCAAAGUGCGGCAGACGCAACAAUGAAGAAAGUGCAGUUGAACAGUGUAGCUUCUUUGAACAAAUAACAUAAUGUUCAUUUGGGAUGAUUUCAAUCUCUUUGUUGUUGCUUGAUUGUAAGUUGUGUCAGGCUGUCUGCAUGCAGGUGGUUGCGCCAUUCAUGCACGUGAGUCAUUAAAUGCAGCAUGCGAUUUAAUGUAAAUCUUAGCGAGAAAUCCACAUCACACAUUUGCAGCGGUUUUAUUUGGCUUAAACCAUAAGAGGACACGCCCCUGCGUCAUCUUACCUUCUCGUUUUAUGUUUCUAGGGUCGUUAUUUUUAAUAGAUGAAUGCAAAAUCUGAUUCACAUUGUCCUUUUUUAAUGUCAAUAUCAUUUCAAGCACACGUCUCCAUUGGACAAAUAUUUCCUGGGCAAUCAGCGGAAAGUUCUAGACCUGAUCUUAUACCAGCAGACAAUUUAGUUGCGUUUCCGACAAAAAAAAGAUUAAUUCAUUCAUUUUCUACCGUGGGCAUGCUGGAGCCUAUCCCAGCUGUUUUUGGACGAAAGGCGGGGUACACCCUGCACUGGUUGCCAGCCAAUCACAGGGCACAUAUAGACAAACAACCAUUCACACUCACAUUCAUACUCACAUCCUAACUCCUAGCUGUGUGGCCUGCGCCCUAACCACUCGAACACUGUGCAGCCAAAAAAUGAACAUAUCCUUCAAUUAAUUCAAAAAAGUUCUUUGUAUUAAAAAGUGAUAUGCCCGAACUCAAACUGCUUUGAAAUCACGAUCGGUUAUAGCGUUUUUGUUUUUUUUUUUGGCAAAAAAACAUUUUUUUUUAGUUAACCAGUCCCACUUAAGUGUAUUUUGUUAGCUGAUAUUAUUUGUGUUAAACAAACGUAAUAUUUUGAUGUUUAUCUGACAAAAUUCAGUUAUGAAUUAUGAUGACAGUCAAUCUGCAAGACCCAUUAAGCUCUCGGGACUAAUCUCAGUGCAUUUUUUUUUACCGAGAUUAUACUUCUUGUCGUUUUGUGGAUAGACCAGCGGGACCACUCACUCCCUAAUGUCUCAUUAAUUGUGGUUUACAUCCUUAUCUUCAAUGUUUGUUAUUUUUCUGUUUUGCUUUGUUUGCUUGUUUUUUUUUCUCUUUUGUGUUAAUCAAUUCCUUGCAGUGCACUGCAAGAAUAUUUUUUUAAAGCACAUAUUGCUUUCCUAUGAUACAAUAAUAACAAAACAUAAAUGCAACUUUUUUGUUUUUCUCCCAUUUUUCCUGACGUUAACUAAAAGAUGUUUUUUUAAUGUACACAAAAUGCCUAUUUCUCUCAAAUAUUGAUCCAGAAUAUGACACCUAAUACUGCCUGGCUUUUGGACCCAAUCACAAUACAGUUGAAGUUUUAGUGGCCUUUUGUUGUGGCCAACCUAAGGCACAUGUGUUGAGUUAAACUCAUAAAAAAUGGGAGCAAAAAAGAAGUGUUGUGUGUAGAUUUAUGUUGAAUAUAUAUUUCAAAACAACAACCUGCAUGUGCCAACCCCCCACCCCCACCGCUAAAAAGCCAGUCUUUUGUUGUAAGCAUUAGUUUUGUGUCAACCUCUCCUGUCCUGAAGCACACCUGUUGCUGGCCGCGUGGUAACAUAUAACAAGGCACCAUUCAAACAACAUUACAGCAGUACGUGGUGCUUCUCUUUGUGUCUUUGGGCUGAUUUUGGCCUGAACUCAUUUCAACCACAACUCGGCAAAUACACUGUCACGCUUUUAUGAGUUGGCAAUAUCUGGUGUAAAAACACAGGUCCAUUCUUGCUUGAAAGUGAAAGUAAAAGUAAAAGUGUGCACAUGGAAUGUAGAUGACUAACUCCCCCUGCAUGUCUGCCUAUCCAAAUGUUCUUUAUUUUCCUAUGACUCCUGGCACCAUUUACAAUUACACUAAAUAAGAGUCAUGUGCACAUUUCACUUUGGCAGUGACAUAAGCUUUGUUUAUCGUUAACUUGUUUCUAUUACAUAGUGGAACCUCCUUUUUUAUCAUUAGUUUCUUCCUGAAGGUCCAACAAAAAACGAAUGUACGCAAACCAAGGCAAUUUUUCCAAUAGGGAAUAAUGUGAAUCCAAUGAAUCCAUUCCACACCCCCACAAAUAUAUGAAAAAAACAUAGUGUUGAUGCGUACUUCUUGUACAUCCUGGAGAUAUUAAUUUUUAAAAAAAGUGUUUCUUUGGCUCCAUGGUGGGUUUAUAGCAGUCACACACAAUAAAAAAUGAACCAACAGUGAGUCAGCAACGCAUAGGGUGCUCAGUUUGGGUACUCAAUUUUACGGAACAAUACAGUACAGACUGACUAGUUAUGACUAGUUGUAUGCAAUAUUGUAGAAGAAGUGAAACAGUGUAUGAAAACUGAGGCUACAUUUUCAAUGAAAAUCAAAUCAUACGAAAAUUGGGAUGUACGAAAACCGAGGUUGAACUGUAAAAAAAAAAAAUCCAAAAAUGUCAACCCUUGUAAUGUGUGUUGUUUAGGUAUGUAUGUAACGUUUUUGGGAAUUUAGAAACUUCUCGCUUAAAGUCAGCUGGGAUAGGCUGGAUGAAUGAAUUGGAACUGCUUAUUCCAAAAAUAUGGAACCACUGUGACUUCAAACAUGAAAAGUGAAAGUUAGUUAGUAAAGCAGCAAAGUUCGUCAAAGAGAUUUAAGUCACUGCCAAAACUGAACUGGAACCCCCCUUUCUAUCCCCAUGUCUGCUUUCCCUCACAUGCACAUCAUUGACAAAUGAAAAGCAUGUAACUCAUUAUGUUUUUAUGCAUAAAACUACAAAACCAUUAUUUUUUUUCCUUAUACAGCGCUGCAUUAAGCAUGUUUAUGACAUGAACAUUCAAAUUGCUAAUUUUGCUCAAAUUUCAGAUGCAUUUCUUCAAAAGCUCAUAAUCGGUAAACAAACGGAAGGCACAAAAAGAUGUUUAUGUAUUGUUUUUCAAUUCUGGAUCAUUCGGGGGUGUUGAAGGACUUUAUCCCCCCCUUUAUCCUCAGUGCUAAUUGAAGCCAUCCUCCUAAAUAUUUAUUUUGUUUGUGUUUUUUUCAAGCAGCUUUCUUUCACUUGCUAUAAAGCCCAGAAAUGACUUUGGAGAGCCAUGUGUAUGUUGGUGUUGUACAUUGUUUACAUUAUAUGUGAGUCUUUUUUUUAUCUUAAUGUGAUUUGUUCUGGCCAGAUACUAAUGAAGUCAUCUUAAUUAUGAAGCACAUUGUUUUCUUACACUACUGCUCAUAUACAUGUACUGUAUGGAAGUACAUGAUAAGGUAAAGUGAAUCAUUGCUCUCUACUGUGAGCUUAGAAAGGUAAAGUGUGUCAUCUUGUUCAAUGAGGAAAAAGUGCAAGAAUGCCUUAUCUCCCAAUUAAUACAGUCACAUGAUCUCUUACUCUACUUGUACAAAAAACAACCUGCAGUAGAUGCCUACGUAGGGCAACAAUCAGUGAAGGAUUACGUUGUAUUUUGCAUAUGUUUGUUCUCUUCCCUCGUUAGCCUGAAACCUUUAAAAUGACUCUGAGCAACUUACCUUGUAAUUGAUUGUGUCCUUUGUACCUAAUGUAUGAUAAUGCAAAUAAAAACUGAAAAAUGA